ACGUCAUUGAUCCGCGACAGUGGCACUGCUCACGUGUGCGCUUUGCCGUGCUACAUCAGCUGUGUGUUUAUUUCUUCAUUCAUUUGACUAUAUUUUGUUAGAUUUCUUAUAUAAAUAGGAUUCAUCAUGAGCUCACAGAUUACUUGUGUAGGGUGGGUUAAAAGAGGCGUCGCCAAAGAAACUCCGGACAAAGUUGAACUUAGUCAAGAAGAGCUGCAGCGCAUCAUUACUGAAACAAAGGAAGAGCUUGGUGAGCAAGCUCUUGUGGAGGAGGAUGAAGAUGAAGGAAUCACUGAUGACCUUAAUUCAAACAGCGCCAAUACAGAUGAGACUGUUCAAAGUAAUGAGAAUGAAGGAGAGAAGGACGAGGACGAUGAGUUGGCGGAGUAUGGGCUGGACCAAUAUGAUGAAGAGGAUACAGUCACAAAUAAUCUUGGAGACAGUCUUGCUGGUCUCACAGUGUUCUCCUCCAAUGAAGAGGAUCCUUACAUCACCAUCAAAGAUACUGAUCAGUACGAGCGUGAAGAUUUUGAGAUAAAACCCAGUGACAAUCUAAUUCUUGCUGGCAAAACAGAGAAGGAUUGUUGUAAUUUGGAGAUUUUUGUCUACAACUCUGAGGAGGACUCUCUGUAUGUGCAUCAUGAUAUCCUGUUGCCAGCCUAUCCUCUUUGUGUUGAGUGGCUGGAUUUUGAUCCAAGUCCUGGAGAAGGACCAGGUAACUAUGCUGCAGUGGGUAAUAUGACUCCUCAGAUAGAUGUCUGGGAUCUAGAUGUAGUGGACUGCUUAGAGCCAGCUUUUUCACUUGGAAGCAAAAAAGCUGCAAAGAAGAAAAAAAAAACCAAGAAGGGGGCGACAGCACAACCUGCUGAAGGACACACUGAUGCCGUGUUAGAUUUGUCAUGGAACAAAGUUGUAAGAAAUGUUUUGGCUAGUGGUUCAGCAGAUGACACAGUUAUCUUGUGGGAUCUAACACAGGGGAAACCAGCUACAACACUGAGGAAACACACUGAUAAGGUUCAAACAUUAGCUUUCCAUCCAUUUGAAGCACAGACAUUGAUAUCAGGAUCUUAUGACAAGACCGCUAUUCUUUAUGACUGUCGUAGUCCAGAUGACAGCUACAGGAGUUGGAGGUUUAGUGGUCAAGUCGAGCGACUAGUCUGGAACCACUUUUCACCUUGUAAUUUUCUGGCCAGCACUGAAGAUGGGUUUGUUUAUUGCCUUGAUGCACGUUCAGAUAAACCUGUUUUUACUCUGAGGGCACAUGAUGAAGAAGUGUCAGGUUUGGACCUCAGUAGUCAAAUAAAAGGAUGCUUGGUUACUGCAUCAGCAGAUAAACAUGUUAAAAUCUGGGACAUUUUGGGAAACAAACCCAGUCUAGUGCACACAAGGGAUAUGAAGAUGGGCGUAAUGUUUUGUUCAUCAUGCUGCCCUGAUUUGCCUUUUGUCUAUGCUUUUGGAGGACAAAGGGAAGGUUUAAGAGUUUGGGAUAUCAGUGAUGUUGCUGCAGUGAAAGAGGUGUUUGGGAGCCGGGAGCGAUUGGUAGUGAACACUGGAUCACAGGCAGCCAGCACUUCUGGUUCAGCAGAGAUGGAUGUCUCUUAAAAAUGAUUUACUAAUAACCAUUUUUAUACACACAGAUGUAUAUGAACCUGAAAAAAUAAAAAGCUUUUCAGAAAGCUUGUCAAAACUACCAGGCUGGCUGGUAAUCAAAA